AUGGGCACCGAGAGAGUCCUUUCAGGGAUUAGUCUUUUCCCUUUACCUCAGCCCCAGCUACGCUACAACGGGAAGCCCAUCCGCAACUCCAAGAAGAUAAUCUCAACCCUGGGAAAGAUCGUCGAUCACAGCAAAACAAUCGAUGGCAAAUGUUCCCUGUGCUGCUCAGCCUUCCAUUACAGCCACCUACUCGCAGUCUGUGUACGUGAUGGGUGCUUCCAGCAAAUGUGCGCCAACUACCUAGUAGGAUGGUACAUGUACAACUCUGCAGGCCGUGUGGUCAACACGACGGUGCUGGGAUGUCCAUUUUGUCGCCGAUAUCCUACCCUUCCCCUAGUGGCGAAGUACUGGCCGAGUACUCAAAGUGUCAAAGAUUUCGCCAGAGCAGUCCUUGACAACGGAAAGUUCAUUUAUGCAUGGUGCUGCGAAGGCGAUACUGCCAAGGUGGUGAUAAAGCGGAGCUGUAUGCUUGGGGAACCUCUUGAAUUGACUGGUGGGGUUUGUGAUCAGUGUCACGAGAAGACAAAGAGUGAAAGGAGGAGGAUCGGAGAAGGCGGCGCCGAUAUUAAAGAUAGCUAUUAUGAUGAGGAUGAUGCAUAA